AACCUGGAAGUGAACUGUAUCCACGACUGCUUUGGAUAAUGUGUUCUGAUAGUUUAUCGAAAGAUGCCAUGAAACUUUCGAAACUCGGCAGCCAACUGAAUACUUCCAAAGGAUGCUUGAAAACUUGCAAAAAUCAAAAUAGUUUAUUAGAAACAACGAUUGUUGAAAAUAAGUUCCUACUGAAAUUUUCAUAUUCCAUAGCACUUCAAACCGCGAGAUGUAAAAAGCCGCACGCGAUUAGAGAGGAAUUAAUUCAGCCUUGCUUGUUACAAGCUUGUGAAGAGGAUUCCGCGAAACAAGCUGUUCUGAAACUGAAAGAAAUUCCGAUGUCCGCUAACACUGUGAAGCGCAGAAUCGAAGUUAUGGUAGAAGAUUCUGAAAAUCAUUUGAUCGCACUUGUGAAAAAUUCUGCCUUUCAUUGAAU